CAGCUUUAUUAAUUGACUUUCUGCUCGAAUUGCAUAUCCUAAUCAGUGUAUUAGGCGCACCAUUUGUGAUUGCAUUUUUUAUAUAUAAAUGGCGAAGGAGACACUUAUCCGCGUAUGACGUUGUUGAAGAAUUUCUGCAAAGCCAAAAUAACUUCAUGCCAAUUAGGUACUCUUUCUCAGAAAUUAAGAAAAUGACCAAAGGUUUUAGGGAAAGAUUGGGUGAAGGAGGAUUUGGCACAGUAUUUAAAGGAACACUUCGAAGUGGACGUCUUGUAGCAGUAAAGAUGUUAAGCCAAUCCAAAGCAAAUGGGCAAGAUUUUAUUAGUGAAGUAGCAACCAUUGGAAGGAUCCAUCAUGUGAAUAUAGUGCAACUCGUUGGUUUUUAUGUUCAUGGUUCAAAGCGUGCCCUUAUAUAUGAGUUCAUGCCCAACGGAUCUCUAAACAAACACAUUUUUUCAUCAGAGGCAAAUAUCAUCAACUAUGAGAAAACAUAUGAUAUUGCUUUAGGAGUGGCUCGCGGGAUUGAGUAUUUACAUCAAGGAUGUGACAUGCAAAUUUUACAUUUUGACAUUAAGCCUCACAACAUUCUUCUUGAUGAAAAUUUGAAACCCAAAGUUUCAGAUUUUGGCUUAGCAAAAUUGUACCCGGUGGAAGAUAGUAUCGUUCCUUUGACUCGUGCAAGAGGAACUUUUGGAUACAUGGCUCCUGAAAUGCUUUACAAAAAUAUUGGAGGCAUUUCAUACAAAGCUGAUGUCUAUAGCUUUGGAAUGCUGUUGAUGGAAAUGGUGAGCAGAAGAAAGAACUUGCAUGCAUCUACAGAACAUUUAAGCCAAAUUUACUUCCCCACUUGGAUAUAUGAUCAAUUCCAUGAUGGAAAGAAUAUAGAAAUUGAAGAUGGUACUGAAGAUGAGAGAAAACUAUGUAAGAAGAUGAUGAUAGUUGCAUUAUGGUGCAUACAAUUGAAGCCUAGCGAUCGUCCAUCAAUGAUCAAAGUCAUCAAAAUGCUUGAAGGAGAUGUUGAAUUCUUACAAGUUCCUCUCAAGCCUCUCCAACCAUCACCAAAGAGAGAGAUAAAGGGUGCUAGAGAUAAUUCAAAUCAAGCUUCAUCAUCAAUUCAAUCAGAUGAAUCAAGCCUUACUUAAUUUUUAUUGUUUA